AUGCGGGCUCAUCUAAUAGUCGCGGCAGCGCUCCUAGUUGGGCACGCUACCGCUUUCCAGCUGCCCUUCAACAUCCCAUUCCUAUCGAACAGCCAUGGAAGCGUACCUUCCAUAGACUCCCUUUCUGUCGCAAAUCCUCCCAACAAGAUUGCCAUCAUAGGUGCAGGUGCAGGCGGCUCGUCUGCGGCGUUCUGGAUCGCGAAGGCGAAGCAGCGGUUCGGGUUGGACGUCGAAGUGGAGUCUGGACGCAGCACCGUGGUGUACCCCUACGACAGUAAGGAGCUACAGCCCAUCGAGCUCAGCACAUCCGUCUUCGUCGAGGCUAACAAGAAUUUGUGGCGGGCUAUAGGGGAGUUUGACAUCGAGAAGAUCGACUUCGGGAAAGACGACAACGUUAUGGGGCUCUGGGAUGGCUCGCAGAUCCUGCUCACAACGGGUGGCAAGGGCUUCUACACUGGUUGGCUAGACACAGUCAAGGUCGCCUGGAGGUACGGCUUCUCUGCUCACCAGCGCGCAAAGGCUACCGUGCAGUCAAUGGUCAACACCUAUCUCACGCUCUAUGCGCCCUCCGCGCCGCGUUUCUCCAACAUCACAAUGCUCGCCGAAGAGCUUGACUGGACGCCCAUCCUCACGCAAACGGCGGCCAAGUACUUGGAUACGAAGGGCAUCAACCAGCAGUUCACGCGCGAGCUCGUCGACGCGUUAACGCGCGUCAACUACGGGCAGGACGUCGACGCCAUCCACGCACUUGAGGGCAUAUGCUCGAUGGCCGCGGACGGUGCAUCCAGUGUCAAGGGCGGAAACUUCCAGAUAUUCGAAGAGUUCGUGAAGUGGAGCAACGCUUCGGUGAAUCUCGAAACCGCCGUCACCGCGCUGAAACACGACGAGGCGUCGGGUGCGUGGCUCCUGAGCACCGCCGACUCGCGCCAAGCGUAUCGCGCGGUCAUCCUCGCCACGCCAUUCCACAGCACGAACAUCUCGCUGUUCCCUGAGGCACUUGCGGAGUCAUUUCCGGAACAGCCGUACGUGCGCCUGCAUGUCACUCUCCUGAGUACACCCGCGCCCAGCCCAAACUCCGCUUACUUCGGACUCGGCGCCCACUCAGCGCCGACGACACUACUUACGACAGCGAACGCAGUACGCGAGGGCACGGGCGCGGAGCCUGAGUUCAACUCCCUGACGUAUCGUGGGAAGGUGCGCGCGGCAGACGGCGGGCCAUGGGCAGGCGAGGCCGGCGAGGAGUGGGUGGUGAAGAUCUUCUCCAAGAAGAGGCUUACAGAUGAGUGGCUGGAGAAUACGUUUGGAAAAUUCGGAUGGAUUGUCGUGUUGUUCGGUUCGCUCAUAACGCUCUUCUCCUUGUGGGAUGCGUACCUUGUGCUACCUCCGACCACGUCGUUCGCGCCGAUCAAGGUCACGAAGGGCUUGUACUAUGUGAACGCGUUCGAGCCGUUCAUCUCGACGAUGGAAACCGAGACCAUCGCGGCGCGCAACGUCGUCGACCUUCUCCUCCGUGACGAGUUCGGUGCUGCUGCGAUCUGCCCCAUCAAGCUCGUCGAGGAGAUUGACAUCGAGGAGCAUACCGUCGUGCUGGAGGACGGUGAAGAGGCUGAGGUGUAUGACGUGAAAGCGGACGUAGAGCAGGUGCCGGUGGAGGACAAGGACCCGAAGGGCUUCGUCCUAGGAUGGGACUGUCAGACGGUGGCUGUUGUUGCGGUCGGAUGCAUCUGCACUGGACUGAAUCUGUAG